UCUACACCUGCAGCCUGAAGCGACAGUCUGCCGCUGGUUACAGCGUCCAGCGCAGGGUCGGAGGCUCCAGCCAAUACAGUCAGCCUCCUGCCAUGCACCAGGCUCCACAAGGCCCGCCUCCACAGCAGUACCAGCAGCCAAUGCCGCAACAGCAAUACCAGCAGCCAAUGCAACAACAACAAUACCAGCAGCCAAUGCAACAACAGCAAUACCAACAUCCAAUGCAACAACAACAAUACCAGCAGCCAAUCCCGCAGCAGUAUCAGCAGCCGCCCACGCAACAGGCCCCGCCCACUCAGCAGAGCUCCAUUCAGAUCCCUCUUGGCUCCGCCCCUCCCAAGGUGGUCAGCACCGCCUGCAUCUACCCCUCCCAGCCAG